CUGGUGAGUGUGAAAAGUAAAGUACAUUUUACACUUGAAACACGGAGAGAGGAAUCUCUAUCUCUCUAGAGAAACCGUCUUCACUUUCACUGUCUGCAACUUGCACAACUAGCACAUCCUCUUCUCCCUUUUUAGAUUCUUGUCUGAGAAACUUUCCCACGUCAAGAUGCCGAUCAACAAAGACCCAUCAACACCUCCUCCGGUCAUCGGCAAAAUCGGUCCUUACACUGUCUUCAUGACUCCUCCGGCCACUCCAAAACCACCUGAAUCUCCCGCCGCCGUCUCUCAGAAGCCCAACCUUCCACCGCCUGUUCUCCCUCCGCCGCAGCAGUUUAAAUCGGUGGCUUCCUCUGCACAGGACGGCUCGGUUUUGGGGUUCUUCAAAAACGCCGCCACAAAGGUUCAAAAUGCACAUUCAAGCGUGGAUGAUCAUUUGGUGAGAUGGUUUGGGUUAAACCAAUCUAAGUACCAAUGGGCUUUGGACGAGUACUACGAAGGCAAAGGAUCUGAAAUGAAGAGCGUGAAAUCAAAUGAGAUGCCUGGGAAAGUACAAAGCGUAUAAGCAACCAUAUAAACCAACUUCCUCUCCCUUUGGCCAAUCUCCAAAGAAGAAAGAUCUGUUUUCUUCAGAUGAUCAAUCAUUGAUUCCAUUUUAACCUUAGAGAUCUGUUUUGGUAGGUAGCUCUUUGUAGUGUUUAUUUAACAAUGGUUAAAAUCUCCAAAGGAAAAUGGAGUUGCAUUGAUCAUUCGGUUUGCUGUAAGUUUAAUCACAUUAUUUAUUUCAAAUCUUAUCAUAUGUAUGUUAUUAUGUCUCAGUUCAAACAAUUAUUAUUA